CAAUUAUAGUAAUUAGUCAAUCAAUCUCUUUAAAAAAAUCAUACCCAACCACAAUCAAGUUUAUCAGCAGAAGUCAACUAAAUAGAUUAAAGUAAUCAAAGGCGAUUAAGAGUACUUGGUUUAAAAUCAAAUCUCGUAUCCAUCAUUUGCGAUUAUGAUCAUCGCUCCAAACUAUCGGGGCUAUUUUCAACGACUUACCAUAAAUACUAAUCCUUCUUUUCUUCCAUUCCUCCAUACCACACAAGCAGUGAAAUCAUUAAGAGGAGAGAGAAAAUUACAAAGAAGAGAAGAUGUGCACAGUAGAGAAACGAGGCAAUCUCUACAUCUUAACCUUAACGGGCAACAAUGAACAUCGUCUAAACCCAACUUUAAUCAGCUCAAUCCGAUCAUGUCUUUCCCAAAUCAAAUCUCAAUCCCUAAAAUCCAAAACCCCUUCUGCCCUAAUCACCACCGCACACGGAAAAUUCUUCUCCAAUGGCUACGACGUCGCCUGGGUAAACUCCUCUUCAAACCCUAAACUCUCCGAAAAAAUCAUGGAUUCCCAAUUACAAGCCUUAAUUGCUGAACUAAUCUCAUUUCCAAUGCCGACAAUCGCCGCCAUUAAUGGGCACGCAUCAGCAGCUGGAUUUAUCCUAGCAAUGGCGCACGAUUUUGUAUUGAUGAGGAGAGAAAGAGGGUAUUUGUAUAUGAGUGAGGUGGAUAUUGGGUUGGUGAUUCCGCCAUGGUUUAUGGCUGUGAUGAAGUGUAAGAUCGGAGGAGGGUGGGAAGGGAUGAGGAAGGUGGGGUUAAUGGCGGAAAAAGUUACGGCGGAGAAAGGGAAGAGAGAGAUUGGGAUUGUGCAUGAAGUGUUCGAAGGAGCGGCGGCGACGGUGGAAGGGGCGGUGGAAUUGGGGGAGGAGUUGGUUAAGAGGAGUUGGGAUGGGGUUGUUUAUGGUGAGAAUAGGAAGGUUUUGUUGAAGGAAGUUUUGGAUUUGAUUGGUAAUAAUGAAGGUUUGGAUUUUGAUUUUGAUGAUCAUGUGAUUAAGUUUAAGCCUCGUCUUUAAAGAGGUAGUCUCGGUUUUUCUCCUGUUAGCAUGAUGUCGUUGUAAUUAUAUCAACAUUUGUGUAACCGUGUUUAAUGAAAUGUCGUUGAUUUACUUACAAUUUUGUCAUUUGACCAAGGAGAUUAGGUGACAAAUUGUAAAUAAACUUGUAAAUUCUAUGUAAGGCUUGAUUUAUUGAUUAUCGACGCCUAGUCUUUGAGCUUGGUUUAUUGUUCUUUUUUGUGUUUUUGUGUCAAUAUAUUGAGUGAGAGAAAGAUAUGGAUGUUGUUUUAGCAUUAUAUGUAGAUGUGAUUGUCAAGUGAUUGAUUUAAA